CUCUUAACCCCUAUCAUCAGUCGCUAUGUCCGAUCCAUCAAUCUACACGAUCGGCUGGAUCUGCGCCAUUGUCCCUGAGUUCGUCGCAGCCCGGCUCUUCCUCGACGAGGUCCACGAAGAGCCUCGAUCGCUGUCCAGAAAUGACAACAACUCGUAUAAGCUCGGGCGCAUGGGCAAGCACAACGUUGCGAUCGCGGUCCUUCCACAUGGUGGAUACGGAGAAACCUCGGCGGCAAUGGUCGCUCGAGACAUGGUCCACACAUUUGUGAACAUAAGGGUAGGGCUUAUGGUCGGCAUCGGCGGCGGAGCUCCUAGUCCCAGAAACGAUGUUCGUCUAGGCGACAUCGUUGUUAGCUCACCGGCUGAUGGUAAUGGGGGCGUGCUUCAGUAUGACUUUGGCAAAUCCAUCGAGGGCGGGAAAUUCGAGAUGACUGGGUUCUUGAAUCAACCGCCGAUUGCUCUCAGAACAGCCCUCAACAUUCUAAUCUCUGACAUGGAGAUAGAAGGCAACCGGCUUGAAGACCACAUCGUAAAACGUCUCAAGACCGACAUCUUGAAAAGGAACUUUGGUCGUCCCAAUUCCAACUCCGACGUACUUUUCCGCAGCGACAUCGUUUAUGACACAAACAAGACCGUGGCUGAUUAUUGCGCCGACGACUUAGUGGAUCGCCCGGAACGAGACGCAGAUUCGUUUCCCGUCGUCCAUUACGGACUCAUAGCCUCUGCGAAUCAGGUCAUGAAAGAUGCUCAGAAACGGGAUGCACUAGCAAAGGAAAAGAACGUGCUAUGCUUCGAGAUGGAAGCCGCUGGUUUGAUGAAUCAUUUCCCCUGUCUAGUUAUAAGAGGAAUCUGUGACUACUCCGACUCUCAUAAAAACAAGCAAUGGCAGGGCUACGCCGCCAUGGCAGCCGCUUCUUUCGCCAAAUCAUUGGUCUGUUGUAUUCCGCGUCAGAGCCUCGAGCAUGAGCAAUCUGUAGCAAAAGUACUGUCUUCUAUCAAUUCAGUCAAGGAAGAUGUCAUCGCCAUAAAAGAUACAAUCGAUCAUGACACUCUGGACAAAUUGCCAACGGCUCAGGGUGCUGAAUUCGACAGCUAUCAAAAUCAGCAUGAACCUAGAUGCCAUCCAAGCACCAGAGUUGAUAUUCUUCGCGAAAUUGAAACCUGGGCUCUUCACGAUCUUACUGGCCAGAGACUUUAUUGGCUCAGUGGAAUGGCUGGAACUGGAAAGUCGAUCAUAGCCCGGACAAUUGCUCAUGACCUUUACAAGGCCAACAUACUUGGCGCCACGUUCUUUUUCAAAAGGGGAGAAGUUGAUCGUGGCAGCGCUUCGUUGCUCUUCGGCACACUAGCCCGUCAGCUAGCCCAGCGCCGACCUGAGUUAAGCCCGUACAUAGUAAAGGCGAUCAAAGAGACGGAUAACAUAUCUUCCAAGAGUAUGGAGGAGCAAUUCACCAAGCUCGUCUUCAACCCACUCAAACAGGCAGCGUCAAAUCCAGGGGAGGUCAGAAAUUUGAUCCUGGUACUCGACGCAUUGGAUGAAUGUUCGAAUGAGAAGGACGUUGAAGUUUUGUUGCGUCUACUGAUUAAGGCUGCAUGUUUCGAUGGCUGCGGUCUGAAGCUACUUAUUACAAGCAGGCCAGAGGUGGCAGUGCGCGAUGCAUGUGGUCCUCCCAACAAUGGACUGUAUCGGGAAGUUCGACUACAUGACACACCAAAUGAGAUUGUCUCCAAAGAUAUCUCCUUGUACCUUCGACAUCAGUUGACUGAGAUCAGAAAUUUGUGGAACACAAGAUGCAUCGAUAAUCAGAAACUACAGCUAGAUUGGCCUGGACAGGAGAAGAUCAACGCCCUUGUCGGCAUCGCCAUACCCUUGUUUCUGUUCGCGGCAAUAGCAUGCCGCUUCAUCCGAGACGAGCUUUUUGGCAGUCCAGAGGAACAGCUCUUGAAGCUUGUCCAGACCGCUCGGGAUGGAGGCGUCAGCGACAAACUUCAUGAGACGUAUCAACCAGUGUUGAGACAGUUCCGAGGCGGAAGAACUCCGUCAGAGCGAAUUAUCCUGCUUGGAAGAUUUAGAGAAGUCAUCGGCGCAAUCAUACUCCUCGAGCAGCCUUUGUCGAUUAACUCGAUCGCCAGCUUGCUAGGUCUCAAGCCUUCGCAAGUUAGUGGUAUCUUGGUUCCUCUCAGGUCUGUUCUUGAUCUUCCGAGGGAGGAAGGCCUGGAGGUCAAACUUUUUCAUUCGUCAUUCCGCGACUUUUUACUGAGUCCAGUUGCCGGAGAAUUCUCCGUUAAUUUCAAGGAAACACAUUGGAGAAUGGCGCUUGCCUGUCUUGGAACUCUUUCAAGGUCUUUGCGUUACAAUAUUUGCAGCCUCAAGCCCGCCGAUCGACGGUCUGCGAUCGCGAGAGACUCCACAAAUUCCUCCAAGAUCGAUUUCUCUAUUGGGUCGAGGCUCUCUGUGUUCUCGGAGAAACCAAUCGUGCUAUUCAAAUGA